AUGGUGCUGGAUCACAUUCGGGCAAAAGUCCACGUGAAGAACGACCUUGUUCGUGCUCUGCUCGCCGAGUUCACCGGCACCUUCUUGCUUUUGGUAUUUUAUUUUGUCACAUUUUGAAAAUAUUAGUACUUUAUUUAUUGAAUUGUGACGUUUGUUCAUUGGUCAGUAGAGAAAAUGUCUUAAAAUAGAGAAAGGCUUUUUUUCACGCUUCACAGAUUUCUGGGCAUGUUCUUUUUCUCCAUUGAACACGUCCUUUAAAAAAUUAAAUAUUAUUAGGAAAUUUCAAAUGGGGAGCUUUUGAUAGUUUUGAAAGAAAAUUUGGCUAGUUUUCGUUGCAUAAUAGAUCUUAAAGACCUACUCAAGCACCAUAGGCGUCCGAUCGUUCUAAAUUAAGCCUCGAUAAUCCGACCAGAUAGAUCCUCAUUUUCAAACCCGAAAGGGCGACAAUCGCGUGUCGCAGCAGAUGUGUGGCUCCUCCAGAAAUGAGCUCAAUGCCAAUUGCCUCCGUUUCAUUCCCAAUUCUACGCUUGCGAGGCUUUCGGGGACACAUGUUCCUCAUUAGAUGAUGCAGCAACAUUGUUUUUGCUGCCUGCCAGAGCCCUUUUAAUUCGUCCUUCCCAAGCGUUAGAAUGGAAAAUGAUCGCAUCAAAAUUUGAGGCUUUUUUUUUCCAAUUACUUGCCGCUCUUGGGAUCCGACUGGAGUAGGAGAAAAAAAAAGAAGAAAGAAAGCAUUUGGUCAAUGUUUCGUUGCUCCCUGAAAUAGGCAGUAAACAACUUUUACGCUAUACAUUUUCUAGGGGUUCAAACAAUUCAUGGAAAAGAAAGUGUUCUUAAAUGAUCAUGUAGGGUUUUCAUUGCCGUUUGCCAUGAAUCGAGAACAAAAUGAGCAGUGAAAAGGAAGAAAGUCGCGAUGAGAAACCCUAGAUCGAACUGUUUCAGAAAAAAACCAUUUUGCAAAAAUAAAAAAAUUUUUUUGACGUCUUUAGAGGAAAAAUUUAUUUUUUUAGAACCUUUAUUUUAUAGAGUUUAUGGUGAAUUUAUAUUUUCAGUUCAAAAUUUUUUCAAACUGAUUUCCAUUUUUUUUUUUUUUGAUUCUGUCUUGUUUGAGUUUUUUUCAAACUCUUACGCGUCUCAAAAUAAAGCAAAACAAGGGCUUGAAGUUCAGAAAAAGUUUUCGUUCAGAUAUUUUUUUUUGCGAAAUUCGCUUGCGAACAUUUCUUCCUUUUUUUUUUCGCAUUUCCUUGAUUUUUUCCCAGCUAAAGCCAACAUUGUUCAACACGAUUUCUCGCAGAAGGUUCACACGAUUUAUUUCGAAUCUCUUCUUUUGCUGGGUUUACAGUUUUGAAAAAUUGCGUUCAACCUUCAAAACAUAGGCAUGGUUCUUUGGAUACGUAUAAUAGACUGCAAAGUAAUUUCCGGCGUGACGACCGCUUGACCCAUCGGAGGGUGCACCCGGCGGGACAGUCCACACACCCUUAAUUUGCAUGCGACGACGACGUCGACGACGUUGGCCACAAUCCGAUAAUUAUCGAAUUUGGAGGCCGUGGCAUCGCUCACACGGACACACACGCAAAGGGACACUCAUCAUUCGUUUCCGACGGACUUGAUAAUUGGAAACAAAAGAGCGGAUGGUCUCUGGUGCAUCACUGGAAAGGCAGAAAAAAGAAAAAAGGCCGCUUUGACCGUCGGCCGCCUUUCCCAGCACACGUAGUAUUCAUUCCGCACGCUUUGAUUUCAACCGCCAAUGUCAUCUGCCGGCGUUUUGGCCCGAUGCCAAUCUACCACGCGUUGGUUUCUUCUGAAGAAUGGCUGAUUCGAAAUAAAAGUUUGGCGCGGAAAUGAGCCGCCGUAGAUUAGAUGAAUUCUAGAUAAUGAGCAAAGAACUUUGGAAAUUGUAUUCCAUAUGCGCCCCGUUAGAAGAAAAUUCAGGAAAUUGUAUUCAAUAUGCACUACAAAAGUACCUUGGAAAGUUGUUUUGAUAAGCUUGCUUUUCAUUUUGAAAAAAGAGGGCUAGGCUCCAAAAUAAUUUCCUGUCGCGGAGUACUUUCGCGCUCUCAUCGAAUACAAUUUUCGAUGUUUGAGUUGUUUUUUGUCCUCUAUUCUAAUAGAAACUGGGGUAUUCCUUUGCUCCUGCGUCGAAAAGAGCCAACUGGAAAACUAUCUUAAACAGCCAAGAAAAAAAGGCUACACAUGUGCUUCACGAUCUUUUUUGCAAAUCCUCGUCAGAGUCGAUUUCUUCAACUUUUUUCUCCACAGAAAACGACUCGAAAGUGUAGGAAAGAGCGCAGAUGUGGGCAAUUCUGAAGUUUUCUAACCGAAAAAAGAGCUCGAGUCUACUUUUUCUGCGGAGAAAUCUCGCAGGGUUUUUUUUCAAAAGAUCGUUUUUCUUGUGGUUUUCGAAAGCUCGGUUGUCCUUCAUAUUGGUGCAAAUGGCAUUUUCGAUUGGCUGGUCGGGCGAGCGAAGGAAUCCAUCUUCUUGAGACGACCUCCUGUUGAGCAGAAAGCCGACCUUUACAACGCGCGGACGGUUGCUCCCCAGGACCUCCAUAAAGUUUUGUGUCCGCCAGACGUCCACCAUCACCCGUAUGACCGUCGCAACAGAUAAAAAUCUUGGACGUGUGCCGUGCCAUAUUUCACCGCCACCAGACCUCUCCGCGCAGUGCUCUGCCGACGCCAGACCAGACUUGCGCCAUUGGAGGUCGUUCGGAUGGGUGCAAUUGGCAUUUCGGAGUGGAAAAGUCCACCCUCGCGGCCUACUAAUGUCCGAAACGCAUCUAUUAGUAUGACUUCCUCCCGUUGCACAUUGAGAAAGAGAAAAGAUCUUUGAAGCCUCGCUGGCCAAUGACGACGACGAACGCCAAACCCAAACGAUCAAUCUUGAAAUGGGAAAAUCUCGGAAAAGAACGCGCUCUGCGACAAGAAUUGCUCCCUUGUGGCCUUUUCCGAUGUAUUGUCAAUGUGUGUGUUUUUGCCGCGACAAAGUCUCUUGGAAUUGGGAAUGAAUGGAGUGGAUUUUUGGAUUUUAAAGAAGGUUAAAUUUAUAGGGAGAAAAAGACAGGAAAUUAGAAACAAACUGGUUAUUUAAAUUCUUGAAACUUGAAACUUUGUUUUUUUGAGCCAGAAGUACUUUCGAAAAAAAGGCUUUGAAGUCUGAGUAUACUGAAAAGAUUAUGACGUUUAAAGCAGAGAUUUUCCCCAAAUUUGUUGGGAUUCUGAUGGGAUUCUGAUGGAUCCCUUUGCAGAGAAAAAUAAUUAAUCUUUUAAUAAUUUUUUCAGCUGAUCGGCAACAGCGCUGUGGCCCAGCAUGUCCUGAAGAGACCCCAGCCGGCCGAUAUGGUCAACGUCUACAUCGGCUUCGCCCUCGCCAUCCUUUUCGGCGUCGCCGUGUCGGCCAAAAUUUCUGGUCCGUCGCUUCCGUCCACAUAUUUGGGCUGACGCUUCCCGAAGUGUUGUUUUGAUGGAUUGUGGGGGCGAAAAUGAGAUUCGUCCGCAUGAUAUGGUCAUGAUCCCACGCUAGAGUGUUUUCUAUAGUAAACACCUAAACUGUGGGAAGUUGAAAUUUCAUUCGUUGUAAGGCUUGGAAGAGAACAAAUAGCUUGGAUCCUUCCAAAAAGUUUUUUAUCAGAAAUUUAUGUAAAAGUAGAGUUUCACAAUGCUACAAAAUCCAAAAAAAAGUAUAUCUGACCAAAAUUUUCAUUAAAAAGCUGCAAAAAAGGUUUUCAGUUCGUUUGUCGCUGUUUUUAAUACUCAAAUUGUUAAUAAGAAAAGUGUUUUCAUGCCUUUUGCGCUGCAAUUGAGUUUCUUCGCUUUCAGCAUUUUCUCAGUUUUUCAGACCGUCUUGUGAGAGAUUUUCUGUUCAAAAUAUCAAUUUUGCCAUGGGAACUUUACUCGUUCUUUGUGCUCUCCACUAGGAAUGAAACAAAGAUAAAUACGAGGUGUUAACAUAAUUUACGCCAUACUUCCCAAACGAUAAAGAGAUGAAAUCGAGGCCGUGACACGGCACGUUUUGCAUAAUUCGGCCACGGGGCCAGCAGUCUGCCCCGUUUAUUGCUUUUUGUUUCGCUACGCGUCGCUGAGUAUCCGAGAGACGACCUCAGUAGCAUCCACGAGCGUAAAAACAACCGUGAAGAGACGAGGAGAAAGAGGCCAAAAUAACAACAACAAAAGCACAAAGAAGAGAACGUGGAGCCUCGGGGUGAGGCGAAAUCAGUUUUGAGAGCGUUUCUUUCGGAUAGAGGGAUGAGAAACAAAGAAUCUUGCACUGUGGGAAAGGACUCGGUUCCAGAACGGAUGAGAUUUGGAAAUUAGAGAAAAAUCGGAAUUUUUGAGUGAGAAAUGGCAAAUUUUCGCUCUUUUAAUGAACUAGAAAAAAACAAAAUCUAUUCAAAAAGCUCAAAAAAAGAUAUUUAUUUUUUUGACUUUAACAUUUUGGAACCGGGAAAUCGAAAACCCCCCCUUCAACAAUUUGAAUGAUGACUCAGAAUAUGGGAAAAGAAUUGAAAAGUAGUAUUGAAAACGUUUUGUAGCCCUAAACUGCGUUCGAAUGGGGAAAAAUUUUACUUCAAAAUUCUACAAGUUUCAACAAACUUCAAGAUGUUCAAACCUUUGAAAAUUCGAAAAACAAAUGUUUUUAUGAUGGUACGACAAAAUCUUAAGUCCGCAAAUCUCGAGGACCGUAAUCUUGUGUACGCAGAUCUAAAGUCCCAUAAUCUUGAAACCAAAAUCUUGAGACCAAAAAUCUUGGAAAACCACAAUCUUGGAAAGCAGAAAUCUUCCUUUUUAGUCUUCUUUAUUGCACUUUAUCUACUUAUAUUCUCUUGUUUGGAUCACCGAAUACAAUUUCUGAUAAAAUCUAUUUGCAAAAGCGUUGAUUUUUACUUUUCAAGAUUGUGGUUUCCAAGAUUUUGGUCUCCAAGAUUUUGGUUUCCAAGAUUAUGGGACUUUAAAUCUGCGUACACAAGAUUACGGUCCUCGAGAUUUGCGGACUUGAGAUUUUGUCGUACCAUCGUUUUUAUGCCGUUCUUCAAAAGUUGGCUCGCAAUAUUAGGGAGAAAAAGUAAUUUGAUGUACUAAGAAGGGAUAAAGGGGCUGGGAGAGCUUCAGGGUUCGACAAAUUAACAAAAAUAUGAAAAUUAAUGGCCUUUAUUCAAUAUUUUCCAGGAGGACACAUCAACCCGGCCGUUUCUCUCAUGUUCUUGACCUUCAAGCAACUGUCCCCGCUCCGCUUCGUCCUGUACACCAUCGUUCAGACCCUCGGCGCCUUCUUCGGAGCCCUCGUUUCCUACGCCGUCUACUGUGGUAUGUUUUGAGCGACAGGAGUUGAAACGCAAGAGAUUGAAUUGACGCGAUGCGGUGCAACGAUUUCAAAUUUUGGUUUUGCUGCAAACCGGAGCAUAAAAGAGAUAUCACCGUCGCGUGUCGAGCGCAGAAAGAAAAAGGCCCCUGACUGUCUUUGAAUCCGCGUUUAUAGUUGAUUUGACAGCGAAACAGUUUUUCUAGUCCAAAGGCUGAGUCGAAACUCGGCAGACCGCCAAAUCGUACUGCCUUUUUGGAUAAUUUCUGAUAAAGCUUUUCUUGCCAAUUACGCGGAGUUUGGCUCGUCCUUCUAAACGCGAAGAACUGUAUCUCCAUGAGCGUCAAAUUAGCUUGAAACGCGGCAGAAAUUUCGCGUUUUAAGUCAUGAACUAUACUACUACAUUUAUGACAAAAAGAUGCAUCUGAAAAUUCUAGACGCCAUCAACCAUUUCGACGGAGGUAACCACACCGUCGUCGGUCCCCGCGCCACCGCCGGAAUCUUCGCCUCCUACCCCUCGCUCCACCUUAGCAACUUCAACGGUCUCCUGGACCAGGUGAAUCGGAACGAAAAAUGAUUUUAUUGAGCUCUUCAGAGACAAAGUUGUUGAACUAUGAGCAAAAAAUUGACGAGAAACAUGAUAAUCAAGUCGAGUUUCAGAUCGUCGGAACGGCCGUCUUCUGCUUCCUGAUCGCCCACGUCACCGACAAGCGCAACUCAUACGCCAGCUGGCUCCAGCCCGUCCUCGUCGGAACCGCUUUCCUCGGCGUCGGCGUCGCUUUCGGAUACAACGCCGGCUUCCCCAUGAACCCGGCCCGCGACUUCGGACCCCGGCUCUUCACCCUCUUCGUCUACGGAGGAGAAGUCUUCUCGUAAGUUUCUGGCACCUGGAGAAGAAAAACUGGAAUAUUUGGGAGGAAAAGGGAUAUUAGGACUUAGUCGUUGUUACGAUAUCAAAUCGAAAAACUUGCAAAUCAUCAAGUUUUUUAACAUCCAGAAAAUAAUUGCAAUUCGCAUUCAAACUUAAUUAGAGCAAAACAUUCUCAUCGAUGCACCAGUUGGCUAGAAAAUGAACUUGAUGCUCGUGAACCUCGUGACACCAUUUAUGGCCUUGUUUUUUGCAUUGGCUGCCCCGCAAUGAGGCAAUAACAGCCUCGGGAGCUUCUCUCAUUGGUAUUCUGCGGUUGAUCAACAACAAAAAAAAAAAACAAAAAACAACAUUUCUCCUCUUGUUUUGGAGUUUCUCUUUCUCCCGUUUUUCUGAGCGUUGACCCGUACCCGGAGAAAAAAAAUGGAGAGAAAAUUGUUUGGAGGACGUGAAUUAGGGAGCGAAUUUCGAUGUGUUGUUGGUAUUUUUCCGUUGCGCGCCGUGUCGAGAACAAUUUCACCAAGGACAUUUUUCCGUCUGCGCAAAGCAAUAAGUGUUUUAGAGGUCUUUUUAGAUGCCCAAGAAACAGUUCUUCUUAAUUGUGUGACGAAAGUCAAGGUGAAAAAUGACUUUCAUGUUGCCAUCCUUUUUUCUCAAUUAAGACUCAGAAACUGUCAAAUUUUAGUAUUUUUGUUAGGUGAGGUUUGAAAAAGUAAAAGUUCCCUUUUAAAGCCCCAUUCUCAGUUUUGCAAUAAAUCUUGUUAAAGAAAUUUGAAAUAUAGAGUAAGAGGCACCUAUAAAAAAUUUCCAGUGAGAAAUGACCUCGACAGGAAGCAAAAACAAAAAAAGAGAUAAAUCAACUGAAAUUUGUGUUGGCCUAAAGAGUUUUGAAGAAAAAAUUUGAACACCUUUGGUUAAAAUUUGGAAAGAAUAUUAAAUUUAUCCAGGAGGACAGGAAAAUAAGAAAAUUUUUUUCGAAUGUAUCAUGAAACUUUUCUUCCAGUGGAAGAUCAUCCAGAAAGUCUGAAACGGAAUUUUUCAAUUACAGGCACAAGAACUGGUUCUGGGUCCCUGUCCUCGGUCCUUUCAUCGGCGCUGUCCUCGGAGGCUGGCUCUACCAGUUCCUCAUCGGCUUCCACACUCCUCAGGACGUCGAGGAGAAGUACGUCGUCCUCACCGGCAACCAGGAACUCAAGCCCCUCACUGGCAAGGAGUAAGUUUCAGAAGAAAGAUGAUGAACUCGUGAAAAUCUUGGUGUUAUAGCAACGCUUACAAUUAAAGAAGCGUCUUGCCGAAGCGAUCUUGUAAGCUUAUCGUUGAAGAUAGUAGAUAGAACCCUAAUAAUCGAUAGACUAGAUAUUAACCUCGUAAAUGUUGUUCGCUGUUGGUUCGGAGCAAAAAAUAUACCGAUUUCGAUGCAAGUCAAAUGAGAAAAACUUUGACCGUUUUUUUUUCUCAGUUUCGUAAUUCGAAAAAAAAAUAAAGCAUCAAGUUUAACUGCGAGAGUUUUGGAACCAAAAUCCAAAAGUUGACAAGUAGAGCCAAUUUGGAAGUCAAUCGAUAAAGCUUUCAAAAUUUUUCCCAAAAAAAAAUUUCAUCAAAAAUCGCAUGAUUUAGCUCUUCCAAGAGAAUCAUUACGAAAUUAACAAAUCCAAUUUAACAGUGAAUUUAACUCGCAUGAUAGAAUAGGAAGAACUUGUGCAUGUUCAAUUCAAUUUCAAUAAAGUGAACUAUUUUAAUUGCUUAUUUUUUUCAGAGUCGUCGAAGCUGAGCCGCUCGUCGUCUCUUAA